AUGUCUACUAUCUCUCUUGACGAUGUCCAUGCUGCAGACACAAACUAUCUCGUUCGCGAAGCAAUGACCACUGGCUACCAGUUCUUCUCACUAAUUACCCCUCCGGCCUACGUAGCUUUCGUCAUUGCAAGGCGUGGCCGAGCGGCCUUUUCCAUAAAUCGCCUUCUUCGAGCCACUUGGGUAGGGGGGUUGUCUGGCACCCUGGGUUUUGGUGGCGGGGCAUACCUCAGAUACGCGUAUUCAAGUGCCGAGUCCACAAGGGUCACAAGAAUCGAGACUGCGUACAAUGUGCUUGUCGUCUUUGCCUUUGCGGUGAUAAGCGCGCUAAGUAGCUUUUUUUUGAAGCCUGCGAUUAUUCGACGACAUGACCACGCCACCAUUGGAUCUAUCCUAAUGGCUGUCCUGACUCCAGCUUUGUUGUGGAGACGCGCAAGUAUUGUAAACUGUUGA